AAAAGUUAUAUCUAGGGAUGUAACAGUCCUCCCUCCUUAGAUUAUUUAUCGUCUCGAUGAAUCUUAAAUUUCGAAGAAUUUUACAAUGCAUUGUUUGGUGUAAUCUGAUCUGUUCAAGUUUUUGAAAUAAUGAAAAUGUGCUCGAACGUUGUUUUGUCUAGUUAUAUUAAUUUUAUCUUUAUGUUUAUAAUUGUGUGACAUUGUGUUGAUGUAGUGUUUAGAAUGAAAACGUGCAAUGUAACUUUUAUUCGUAUUUCUGAGGUAAGUAGUUUUUGAUCCUUUUUGAACUUUGUCUUCUUUCGUCGUCAUACAAGUAUUUCUUAUAAUCAUCAGUUUUCACAACCAUGUGACUUUAUACAGUUUCUUCUUGGGGAGUGUCCUAAGUUAGUUUCUAUUACAUAUUCGACAAUGGAAGAUCGUUGUUCUUCAUCGGCAUCCACCAUUAUUUUUACAAAAGAAGAAGACGGAACUAUUUCUACUACUACUCCAGGUGGCUCUUCUUCAUUGAAUAAUGCAGCAUCGGAGUCUUCUUGUGAACUAAACAAUUUUCUGCACAAAAUAAAUGCUAUUUCGAUUUCUCUAAUGCACCAUUUGCAAAUUGUGGAGAACAUUGAGGAAAUUGGGCUUGUGGAUGUGAAGCGCAAAAGAGGUCGUCCAAGUAAGGCUUCUCGAUUCCGGUUACAAAAUUUAAAAAUGAUUCGACAAUCACAAUUAGAUCAAGCAAAAAGGGAAGGCAAGGAGGAAGCCUUUGAAUUGAACCGGAUUAUUACCAACUUUAUGUGGAAUUUUCCUGACGUUGUAGAUUCCUUAACUUCAACUUCUAAUACAACAGGGGAAGAAUUUUCACGUUGUAAAUUCUGCAUCUGUGGUCGAAUUUAUCCUCCAACAUACUUGUAUGGGAGUUGCUUUUGCGGCGAGCUGUUGGCGGAUCGUUCGGAAGAAGAUUAAUUGGUUUCUCCAUUUUUUUUUGUUUGUGUUGUUUAAUAAUUUGUGUAUGAGUUUCAUUUUUAAUCACUUUUACUUAUUGGCUAAACUGACAGAAUUUUGUUUCUUAAGUGUAUUUGAUAUAUUGUAUUUUACAUCGUCUUAAAACUAAUUAUUUUAUUUUUUUGGGCACCUGAUAUCAUUAAUGUUUUAAUGUGUAUUAAAUAAAU